GAGUAAAAGAAACAACAGUCAGCCGCACCUUUGCUUUCAUAUAUAGAUGGAAUCGCUCUCUCAGACUUCUGUAUAGCUUUUCUCAGACAACAUGCCUCCAAUUAUGCAAUAAGAUAGCCAUAGAACAUCUUCAAACUUUUGUUUACUCUUUCACCCGCAUGCACAUUUCUAAUCUAACACUCCAAACCAACACAUAUUAAGGAAAGCCUGAUAGAAGUGAAGCUGGGGGAAGAGAUAUCGAAACUCGUCUCAGAAUCUUCAAAAUGACCUCCAAACUUCGAGCAUCGUUCAAUGUCAAGCGAAUUGCAAUUGUAGGUGCAGGCCCUUCUGGAUUAGCCGCAGCAAAAUUUCUUCUGGCGGAACAAUACUUUGACAAGAUCGAUAUCAUUGAGCAGCAAGCUGAAGUGGGAGGGGUAUGGAAUUAUACUCCAAAUAUAAGUGACAGUGUGCCCAUCCCAUCGACGUCGCCAAAUGUAUCUCCUGAAAGGCCAAUUUGGCCAAAGGACGGAAAUCCUCCAGUUUUCUCAAACCCCAUGUAUGAUCGUUUACACACAAAUAUUCCAAAGCCGUUAAUGUGUUUCUCUGAUCGACCAUUUCGCUCCGACUCUCUGCUAUUCCCUACGCGCGAAGAUGUUCAAGAAUAUCUUAUACACUACUCUGGAGAAGUUAGACACCUGAUUCGCUUCUCGGAGCAAGUCCAAGAUAUAAGAUUGGAACCAGACAAUGGUCAUGAUCGAUGGCGAAUCAUUUCUAGAUCUACAAUUACCAACGACGAGAUCAAAGAAACUUACGAUGCCGUUGUUAUUGCAAACGGUCACUUUUCUGUCCCUUUUAUACCUGAUGUACCAGGGAUUAAGGAGUUCAACUCGGCUCAUCCAUCUAUCAUAUCACACUCCAAAAUAUUUCGUUCGCCCGAUUCUUUUGCAGGCAAGAAAGUAAUCGUGGUUGGAAAUGGAGCCUCGGGGUUGGAUAUUGGAACACAGAUCAGUGAGGUUUGCAAGAAGCCUCUAUUAAACUCAGUAAGAACUUCCUUUGGCGAGGGAGAAGACGGGAAGGAAGAGGUUCCCCCCAUUUCAGAAUACCUCGCCGACAUUAGAGGUGUGAGGUUUGAUAAUGGACGGAUAGAAAAAAACGUCGAUGCCAUAGUAUACUGUACAGGUUACUUCUACUCUUAUCCGUUCCUCAAUUCGCUGAAACCACCAGUUGUCACCACUGGUCGACGAGUGGUGGGCUCAUACCAACAUCUGUUUGAUAUUCAACACCCAACUCUUGCAUUUACGGCCUUGGCACAAAAAGUGAUCCCAUUCCCAAUAUCUGAAGUACAAAGUGCAGCAGUUUCGAAAGUUUGGUCGAACAAGUUGAGCUUGCCUAGUAAGGAAGAAAUGAAUAUAUGGGAGCGGCAAAGGGUGGAAGAACAUGGCAAUGGCACGUCUUUCCACAUCUUUGGUUACCCUCAUGACGCAAAUUAUAUAAAUAGUUUACACGAUUGGGUGAAAGGUGCUGAAGGAGGAUUCAGUAAGGAGCCAACGUAUUGGGACGAGAAGAAGUUGUGGAUGAGAGAAUCAUAUUCAGACAUACGAAAGCGUUUUAUCGAAGAUGGCGAGAAAGCAAAGUCCCUGGAAGAGCUGGGUUACGAUUUUGAGAAACGCAAUGAAUAGAUGAGAAGAUAGAAUUUAGGGUUGGUCAAGAAAAUGUCAAGCCAAAUAAAUCAGAGUGGAACGUUGAGAGCAAGGGCAUGUUCUUUGAUCUGUGAAAUUUGCCAGUUCAUUGACACUGCUCGCCGCACGCCCUUCUACACAACUAGUAGACACUUAAACACAAUUCAUAUGAUGAAAGGGAGCAAAGGAUUAAAAGCAUGGGGGGAGGUGUGAUUGAUGUUUGACUAUGGACUUAAUGUAAGGUCAGCAUUGGAAAAGGCCAUGAUGAAUCCGACAAUUGAAAGCUUCCAACAAAAGAUCAGUCUUUGCCAAUGUCAUCUCAACUUCAACACAGCAAUCAUGUAUUCCGUAGAACAUGGUGGUUGAAUCGUAUUACCAGAGUUGUUUGUCCUCACAUCAAGCGUUCGAUUCAUGGUACAUAGUCAUCCAAGUGUGCUUACCCUAUUGUAAUUAUCAUGAUCCAUCCUCAUCGUCCACGCCGUCGCCCAUUGCAUCCACCCAUCCUUCCUCUCUCACAGUCCAAUGCUUGGAGAGUGUAGCUGCAGUAUGUUUCCAUCUUUAGGUCAUCAUCGUGUCAUGGAAGCCGCACGAGGGGCCCUCGUGACGAUGGUUUUGAAGUGGUAAUGUGUUUCUUCUCGACCAAGUUAUCGGAAUCGGCAGUUGAGUAGUGAAAAUAUCAAACUGUCGAUGAUUUGAGUUAA